UCUAUCAUUCAUUUCUUCUUUUCUACUGCAGCUAAGAAUCUCAUAAGUAAUCCAAAAAAGAUAAAAAUAAAAAAGAAAUAUUCAAAUCCCAAUAAUCUACUGUGUCUGUCAGAGAUUUUUUUGACCUCUUCUUCAUUUUUUUCCUCUGCUUCAAAUGAAUGCAAUGGUUGCUUUACAGAAGAAACCAUUAUUACCGUUUGUUUUUACAUUUCUCUUCUGUAACGUUAUAUGUUUCUUUCUACCCUUUAUUACUUCGCUGGUGAAAACUGAAAAUAAUCACGCAACUUGGCUAUUACCCUUUCUUCAUGAUAUGAUUUGACGGAUGCUUUGUUUCUGCCGAACUACCAUUCUCUUUGCUCUCUACCUCUAUGCUCUAUCUUUCCCUCUUCUUCCACCAACCCUGUUAGUCUUUACCAAGAACCAUAACCAUGUAGGGUUGCUAUGCUAACAUAACAUAACAUAACAAAACUUGAGCAACCAACCCACCUUCAAGCCUUGACUACACCGACACUACAGCUUCAGCUUCUCCAUUUGAUCUUACUGUCAUUGGAAACCCCACAAUGCAUAUUCUACUCCUUUUACUGUUACUGCUCACUAUCACCAUCACCUCUACUCACUCCUCCCCUUACAACCAUCAUCGCCGGCAUCUCCUCCACCAGCCCCUUUUCCCCGUAGAUGAUUCCCUUCCUCCAACCCAAGCUCCAACCUUGUCUCCCCAACCUCAACCUCAACCUCAACCUCAACCUCAACCCAAGCUCCCUUUUGAUUCUUCUUCUUCAUCCCCCUCCUCCCCCUCCUCCCCCUCCUCCAGCCCAUCAGAGAAGCCUUUCUUCCCAUCCUAUCAGUACCCUCCUCCUCCUCCUUCCCCAACAGCACUUACUUCCUUCCCGGCCAACAUCUCCUCUCUUCUCUUCCCCCAAACUACUACACACCCCCACAGCCAUGGCGUUGCCAUUGCCGUCACUGUCUCCCUUCUUUGCGCCGCGCUCAUUUCCGCCUUUGCUGCUGCUUUCCUUUACUACCGCAGGAACAGAAAGCUUCAUACCACCUCCGAUGAUAAGGCCUCUAGAACAGAUAGCCUCCGCCUUUACCCGCCCAACACGGCUACCUCCGACGGCAUCCAUAAGUCUCGGACAACGCCCAACAACAGCUCCGAGUUCCUCUACCUAGGGACCCUUGUCAACUCCAGAGGAGUCGACCCAGAAACCGCUGCUAAUUCGAGCAAUGCGACUAUAAGACUCGGCGUCUCUGCCUCUCCGUAUAAAAAACUGGGCUCGCCGGAGCUUAAUCCACUGCCGCCACUUCCGAAGACUUUCAAGCGGACUCACAGGGAGCAGCCCCAAGUGGGGUCUGAAGAUGAGGCGGAUGAAGAGGAAUUCUUCUCGCCGAGAGGUUCUGCUGAUAGUCCAGGCCGUACAGGAUCAAGCUCUCAGAGAGAACUUCAGAGCUUAAAAGUUGAUAACUUCAGAAGCAGAAGCUUUAACUCCAGGACUCCGUCUUACCCGUGCUCAAAGUCCGGCUCUCCAACGACUACUGCGUCGAACACUCUUUCUCCUCCAGCGAACUUUAGCCCAGCAAGCUUCAAAUCCAAGUCACCAGAUUCAGUAAUUAAUUUCAUGGCUCCAUCUCGGCCACCGCCGAUACCUCUGUUGUCGUCCCCGUCUUUGUCGUCUUUAUCUUCGCGAUCCGAAAGAGGUUCAGGGAAUACCCAGAAUUCACCUUGCAGGAAAUCGGAUGCUUCGGAGCAGAAACGGCAGUCUCCUGGGUGGAAUGGAGCGCAGUAUGUUCCGGUGAAGUUGCCGCCACCGCCUCCCCCUCCUCCUCCACCUAGAUUUUGGGAAAUGCUGGCUACGAGGUCAGGGCCUCCGCCUCUAGUGACGCCUUCAAGGCUUGUGUUCCAAAAUUCUGAAGUGGUUUGUACGACUGGAGCUGAAGAAUUACUGAAUGAUGGUGUUGCUGUGGAGAAAAGCAGUGAGGAAAGUGCGAAGCCAAAGCUGAAAGCUUUACAUUGGGAUAAAGUUAGAGCAAGCUCGGACCGGGCAAUGGUGUGGGAUCAGCUGAAAUCAAGCUCUUUUCAAGUAAAUGAGGAAAUGAUUGAGACAUUGUUCACGGCUAAUAAUUCGAAUUUGUUGCCUAAAGACAAUGUUCGUCGGCAGAGUUUUCCAUCUUUAGUGCAAGAGUAUCGCGUUCUUGAUCCAAAGAAGUCUCAGAAUAUUGCAAUAUUGCUGAGAGCACUAAAUGUCACCAUUGAUGAAGUCUGUGAGGCCCUUCUGGAAGGUAAUGCUGAUGCACUGGGGACGGAACUUCUUGAGAGUUUAUUAAAGAUGGCGCCAACCAAAGAGGAAGAAUGGAAACUGAGGGAGUACAAAGAUGAAUCCCCAUUCAAGCUUGGUCCAGCUGAGAAGUUUCUUAAGGCAGUGUUGGAUAUCCCUUUCGCAUUCAAGAGAGUGGAAGCAUUGCUUUAUGUUGCCAAUUUCGAUUCAGAAAUUGACUACCUUAAAAGGUCCUUCGACACUUUAGAGGUAGCUUGUGGAGAAUUGAGGAGCAGCCGAAUGUUUAUGAAGCUUCUUGAAGCAGUUCUUAAAACUGGAAACCGUAUGAAUGUUGGCACCAACCGUGGCGAUGCCCAGGCCUUCAAGCUUGACACACUUCUAAAGCUUGUGGAUGUCAAGGGUGCUGAUGGGAAGACAACUCUCUUGCAUUUUGUUGUGCAGGAAAUUAUCAGAGCAGAAGGAUUGCGCCUUUCUGGCACCAAUCAGAAUGUAGAAUCUGAUAAGAGUGACCAAUCUUCAUAUUGGGAUGAUGUUGAAUUUAGAAAACUUGGUCUGCAAGUUGUUUCAGGGUUGAGUGGAGAGCUCACUAAUGUAAAGAAAGCGGCUGCCAUGGAUUCAGAAGUACUUAGCAAUGAGGUUGCAAAACUUACUGGAGGAAUUACUAGAGUGGCGCAAGUGUUGAAAUCAAAUGAAGAAUUUCCUCUAAAAGAGAGCAGCAAGAGAUUCUCCGAGGCCAUGAAUGGUUUCUUGAAGAAGGCAGAGCAGGAGAUAGAAAAGCUUCAAAGGCAAGAGAAAAUUGCCCUGUCUCUAGUGAAAGAUUUAACAGAGUAUUUUCAUGGUAACUCAGCUAAAGAAGAAGCUCGUCCACUUCGAAUAUUCUUGGUGGUGAGGGACUUCCUUGCCAUCCUGGAUCAGGUAUGCAAAGAAGUUGGGAAAGUUAACGAGAGAAGUACAGUGGGUUUGGUCCGUCAGUUUCCAACUGCUACAAAUCUUACUGUUCUACCGUUCUUCCCUGGACUCGAUGGAAGGCAACAAUUCGGGUCAUCAUCAGAUGAUGAAACCUCGUCUUCGUCACAGAGUCAUAGCGUAUGAUUUUGUUUAAGCACUAGUCGAUUCUCUUUUCAACGUCACUGGGAUGGUUUGUAAGUACUAGUGAAGGUGAAUUGAAUGGUGCUUGCAGGAUUUUACACGUUAAUACCUUCUUUUUUGUAAUUAUAAAUAUAAUAUAUGCUACAGUCAAAACGAUUUUGAGAUUUUGUCAA